AUGGCUUCUCAAGGCGUGCUGGACAGGAAAGUCACCACAAAUGCUGAAAAUCAAGCCGAUCUGGAGAAUCAUUACGAGCAACGCCUACAAGAUAUCCGAUCAGAACGGUCUCGAUAUGGCAUCCGUGAAUACGGGUCUUACAUAACCGCAUGCAACAGAUCGACCUGUACCCAAAACCAUCGAUGGGCAAGAUCUGAUCUCAAGAGAGCCUGCAGAGCCAACAUCCUGGUGUACAUCAUACCUCACGAGUCUGAACGAGAAGGUGUCCAGCGACUGAACGCCAGAGUUCGGGCACGAGCUGCUGUGGCGAUGGAAUCGUUCAGGGCGAGCCCUGACUCGGUUCUGUCACAUCGAGCAUAUUUCAUGGAGUGUCGAUGGUCGGAAGAUGUAUACCCGGACCAUGAUCUUGAGCACCACCUCGAUAAGCUCAUAGCGGAUCAUUUGAGGCUAUGCGAUUGGUUGGAGAGCGAGAGCGACAGGACGGCGGAGAAGCAUAGGGCAGCCGAGCCUGAUGCUCCAGAAUGGAAUGGUGUGGUACCUUCGAUGCGAGCUGUGUUCAUGAUUUUCUGGCCUGAUGAUCGAUAUUGCAACGAGGCUACAGGGCGCGCUGCACUAGUCCUCACUGGCGACGAUAGUGGGAUGAAGUCUGGUCCGAUUACUCUGGAUGGCCUCUCGGCGGACCGUUUACCAGGUUAUGGAAGCCAUGACAGGAUUGUUCACCUUCCACUAGCAAAAGCCGUCGGAUUCCUCGCUCACAUCAACGAGCGAGAGGUAGCUGCGAACGAAGCACUACGAGCUCGUGACGAGUACUACAUUGCGAGUACUCGGGACGAGUGUCUAGAGGAGGCACGCGAGAGGUUGACACUUUCAAAAACAGAUCAGAUCUCUGAUCGAGCUGAUAGUACUAUCAGAAAUGCAAAGUCACGCCAAAGGUGGCGCCAGAUCUUCUCGGAAGAGGGCUUUUCUGAGCGACACGCAAUGCUGGCGGCAAUGUCACUUGCCUAG